AUGUUUGCAGCAGCUUACAAAGACAAGGCAUUGGACUGUGAGAUCAGAAACCUCUCCAGGCCGAUGGUGGUCACCGUGCCCAUCAGCUCACUAGCACCCAAACCUCUGCAUCCUCCUGUUGGACCAACACCCAAGAGACUGAGUGUUUCCCCAAUGACCAGUCCAGAACCCGAGCACAGCAGCGCGGUAGAACAGACAGGAAUGUUGAUGGGCGCCGUCUUCAUUGCCUUUGUGAUGGGGGUCAGUCUGAUGGGGGGCGUUUGGUGCAUCUAUAAGUACACAGGGGCACGGCCAGCAUCACCUGGAAGAGAAAGUCACUUAACAGCCAACACUCGAGAAGGCCACACCAUCUAUAAUCUACUGUCAGCAGCUGAUCAGUCCUCCAGCUCCGUGUAG